AUGUCUACCCUCGCCCUUGCCCUCCCCUCUUUUCCAUCAACCCACCUCUCCAAAAAGGCAGACGAGACAAAGGCCGGCUACCUGGCCGUCUACUGGACAACCGAAGAUGAGAGUGUGUAUUUCGCACUGAGCUCCAACGACGAUGCAUUGGGGUUUGAGGCUCUCAACGGUGGGAAAGCAGUUGUCUCCCCGACACUCGGCACCAAGGCGAUCCGGGAUACCACGAUUGUGCGUGGUGAGGGCGAUGACGAGGGCAAGUAUUAUAUCAUUGGGACGGACUUGGAUAUUGACACUACGAACUGGGAUGCCGCGACACGGAAUGGAUCCAGGGCACUAUUCGUCUGGGAGAGCACGGACUUGAUUAACUGGACCGAUGAGCGGCUGGUUACAGUUGAGGGUGAGACAGCAGGGAUGGCAUGGGCACCCGACGCGAUCUGGGAUGCGGACAAGGGACAGUAUUUCGUCCACUGGGCGGCGCAAUUGUACGCCGAAGACGACCCCAGCCACAGCGGCGACCCAGUCCUAACCAACAGCCUGCGCUACGCAUACACGAGCGACUUCCGCACCUUCACGGAACCCCAGACAUACAUUUCGCUUGGAAACGAGUCUGCUAUUGAUCUGAGUUUCCUGAAGGUCGACGAGACCACGCUGACUCGCUACUACGUCGACGGCGCGACAACGAGUCCCAUACAGGAUAUCAGCAAGGACGGGAUCCUGGGCGAUUGGACUCCGCUUGAUGGCACGAUCGAGGAUAGUGCUAGCUUCGAGGCACCCUACCCGAUCUGGGAUAAUGUGGAAGAGGGCAAGGCUUAUCUGUUCUGUGACCGCGUGGGCGAUAACCCUGGGGUUGUGGCUUGGGAAUCGAGUGAUGUCACGUCUGGGAACUGGGCGAGGAAUGACCAGCAUGAUUUGACUUUCAUGCGCCAUUUGUCUGUCCUGGCUGUGACGCAGGAGCAGUAUGAUGCGUUGGCGGCUUUGUAAAUGGAUACCUACACAAUGGACUGACUGGUUGGAACUAAAUCCCAUUUGAUUCUGGUGCGGUCAUAGAAGAUUUCCAUACCCUCUCCCUUUUAAUCCAGACAACUUGACAAGAAUGCAUCAACAGACAUAAUAGUAGAAACAGGCUUGGGAAGGCUAUAACAAAAUAUCUAGCAGUCUGCCCCCUGGAUAAUAGCACCCCAACCAUCAGAGCUAUACAGACGCCCUCUAUACCCACACUCUUGCUUAAUCUUUUCGGCAA